CCCCCGGGAGGGGCCAUGGAGAAGCCGGAGGCUGUGGGGGCCGCUGGCGGCCUCGGUGGGGAGUCUCCGGGAGGGGCGAGCAGGGGAGCGCUAGGAGGCGUCGGAGGAGUCGAGGCAGAUGCCGGGCCGCCCUCCGGUGCUGCCUUGUUUCACGGUUCUGAGCCCCCCCUGCACUCUGGAGGGAUCGUAACUCGCAGUCCUAGAGUUAGCCGGCCCUCGGCGAGGGUAGCAGUCCCCGGUUCCGGGCCCAGCCAGCACCCUGGGGAGGUUGCGGGCCUGAGCGCCGGGUCCUGCCCAAACCCUGACGGAUUCAAUGCCCCCUUCCUUGGAACCAGUGUAUCCGGGACCUGCGGCCUCGGGUCUGGGGGCUCUGGGGUGUACAACUCGGGAUGCAGUCCGCCGCGCUCCGGGUCAACUUGCUCGCACUCCCACAAACCUGGUGAGGGCCGACCCCGGAGCAUCCUAAAAAACAGCAGCUCCAUCUUGAUGCAGAAGUGCCUCCAUGCGGACAAGAAAAAGUCUCAGCGGUGGGAUGAGAUGAAUAUUCUGGCCACCUACCACCCUGCUGACAAGGACUAUGGAUUCAUGAAGGUGGAUGAGCCCAGCACUCCCUACCACAGGCUGCAGGACGGUGAUGAGGACCUGCCUGGAGCAUCCUCUUGCACAGUGACUCCUGAGGCGCUGGCUGAGAGGUUUGCAACAAUGGACAAUUUGUACCCCAAGGUCCUACAGUACGAUGAUAACAGAAGCCCAGGGUCUUCAGACAACUUUUCCAAGACACACUCCAGUGAUUUUGAAAAGCACCGAAAGUCACACUACGACGAAGGAAAGUUCCUUACAGCUCAGAAAAAUCCUUCUUCCAGUAAUAAGCACAGUGACGGGGCUAGCACUAGCAUGGGCAGUAGCAGUCGAGGCAUAAUGCGGGACCCAGAGCCCAGGCCUGCGGAGAGAGGCUGGCCGGGAGGACUGGCCAGAGGAGUCAAAGAUGAGAUUGGCCUGGUGACCAGGAACCACCUCUUGGAAGUCAAGGAUUCCCGUAGCUUCCGAAAUCAGUGCCCAGUUUCAGCCGCCAUCACGUCAGACAAGGAGAUUGGCCUGCAACGAAAAGAGUAUUAUAGCAAAGGGAGGUACCUGAGGUGCUCCCCACACCCGGAGCUCGAGGAGGACACAGAAGAUGAGCAUGACCAGCAGGACAGUGAGAGCUGGGCUGGGUCAGCCUGGGACGGGGGGUGCUGGUAGCCAGCAGACUAGUGGGGUGCCCCAAUCUUGAUCCCGUGAUGCUUGCAGGCUCAGUAAAUUUUAACUGGGUGAUUGAGAACCCCAUAAGCACAGAGGUCCGUCUGCUGGACCACACAGGAAACCCUGUUCAGGAUCACCAGGCCACUGAAGACUGCCUGACGGGGACAGUGGCGACAUCACAGCCUG